AUGACAGAAGAAAAAGAUGAUAAUUUUUACGAGAGAGUACAGCGACUCAGAAAGGGUGAUUUGGUGGCACAGAAUAGGACGAAUUCAGAAGGACACUCCUCCUUCUACAGAAACCCAGAGGAGAUCCAGAACUUGUUGAACAGAGCCAAUAUGCUCAAAUAUAGGGCAGAUCAAAUCAGGACACCUGAGUCACUGAAACACUACUCCUUGGCCUACCUGUGUCACAUCCGCGUCCAUAUCCUGUACAAGGGACAGAACAAGGAGCACUUUGGUGCACUGAAACAGGCCCAUCGUGCUGCAAUCCAGCAGUGUGAGAAGCACCAGGCCAAACAGCUCAUUACUGUUCUCUAUUAUUUCAUGUACAUAAUAUACCAUGAUAUAACUAUGAAUACCGUAAGCCACUCUGUGAAGCGCGAGAACAAGGACGAGUUCCUGAACCACAACUACCACAACAUACUGAACCUAUGUGGCCUAUUCAGACACUUUCGAGAAAAGGAGUAUCCGAUAAUACCAUUAGGGAAGUUGGAGGAGCAGUUGAAGAAGAUGAUGCCUGAGUAUUUUGACACAAACAGAUAA